AUGUUCGCCGCCGGCGAGGAGCCUCUAGGCGAGCGUAUCAACUCUUACCACAGAACCCGGAGGACAGAAAUGCUAAUCAAGGCUCUAGAACCAGAAGAGUUAGACUUCCUUCGUCAAUCAACCUUCGGGAAGAUCCUCGACAUAUACGAGAAUCCACCGUUCUCUGGUGCUUUCGGCCAGUACAUCAUUGUUAGGCUUCUGAAAGUUAACAAAAAGUAUGAAAUAUGGAUCCUGUUCGCCGGAACUCCUGUUAGGAUGUCUCUCCGUGAGUUCGCAAUAGUCACUGGGCUCAAUUGCGACAAGAUCCCAGAACCUCCGUUGAAGAAAAAAAAUCUCCUCAAUGAGAAGCUCUACUGGAACGAGCUUUUUGGGUCUCUCAAGAGUUGCACCGUCGACACCGUCAUUGAUAUGCUCAAGAAGAAGAUUGUUAAAGACAGAGACACUAGGAUUAAAUUUGCUUGCCUUGCCAUCACGUCAUCUAUUUUGUUCCCCUCGUCUCAUAAUCCGGGCAUUAUCCGGGAGCACGUCGAGAUGAUCAGAGAUCUAAACGAAUUUCUUGCUUACCCAUGGGGCAGAGCUUCUUAUCUGACGCUCAUCACAUAUAUUGUGUCCAAGGAUGAGAUAGCUUUAUCACAGUCCUCUGUAGCUAUUAGGGGUUACGUCGAGGCUCUCCAACUUGUGAUGAUUGCCGCUGUCCCACAGCUUAAAGAAGAAAUCACACACAACUGGCCAGUUGUGAUUGUUGAGGCCGAUAGCGACGGCGAGACACCUGAUGAAGCUGAGCCUCCUACGGAGCUAAUCUGCUCAGCUCCGAUAAACAAUCGCCGGCCAACAAGUUCUGCCUAA